AGGAUACACUAUUCCGGUGUCCAAAACCAGCAGACUCAGUAUCAGCAUCACAGCGGAUCAGCUGAUAUAAAAGCAAUAUUUAAUCUAAAUCUAGACUCUGAUUUUUCUCACGCUCUUGCCUUUCACAACUUUUUGUCGCUGCAGUUGGUUGGAGUGUAGCUUCAAUUUAUACCUGCGCUGAGUGCUUUCUUAUUGAUAAGAACUUUUUGCAGCAUUUAGUAGCAAUUUUGUUCUUUGAUCAGACUCAGGCUCAGGACGUCUAAGAAUUCGCUGCUAGACUCCAGAUCUAGAUCUACCACCAUGGUUGUCCUGCGGCAGCCAAAAGACAUUGCUGCAAUUUACCGUGAAGUCAACUCAUAUCCUGCUGUCGCAAGUGCAACCACCAGUCGUGAUGGGAACAUUUUAUUGGUCAACUCUACAUGGUCUCAGAGAGACCUGGACCGAAAGGAAAAAGGCUCUUUCAAUAGGUCCCACACUAUUGAUUUGGCCUCAGGAAAAGUUUUAUCACAAGAUGGGCCUCAGGAAGUGAAGAAUGAGCUGUGGAAUAGAAUUUCUCCCUCUGGCAAACUGAGAGCCGUUGUCCGCUCUGGAAAAGACAAAAAGAAUGAGGAUAAACAGUACUUAGAAAUUUUUGACAACUCAAGGAAACUGAAAACUAUUGAUGUUCUUGCUUUGGAGAGACAUGGAAAAAUCAUAGGAAAUGAUGGUCAGUUUGGCAGUUUUGAAUGGUCAUCCUCGGAGGGUCAUAUUCUGUAUUUGGCUGAAAAGAAACUCCCCAAGACAGGAGGAUUCUUUGAUCCGAAAGCCUAUCAGGACAACAGUGAUGAUGAUGACAGUGGAACCUCUGGUGGAAAGUCGGAAACUGUCCAGAGGGCCAUGUGGGCACCGGAUGACGCUGGUGUUGUAGCCUGUGGUUGGUCCCAUGAGCCGUACAGGCUGGGACUCAAGUUCUGCUGUCAGAGGAAGAGCUUCAUUUACUAUUUGGACAUCCAGAAAGGAUCAGUCGAAAUCCUGAGUGAGGAAGGCAGAGGUGUGAGAUUCCCUCGCUUCAGCCCUGACAUGAGCACGCUUGUGUACCUGGACACCCCUGUGGGAGGGCCUCACAAUCAGUGUUCUCGUCUCAUCAAGAUUGACUGGGCAACACAAGCAAGAAGCAUCGUUGUAGAUGAGGUUUCCAAUGCCCUAGCUUCAGAAUUCCCUGGUAUCUUCACCUAUUCUGUUGCCAGAUCUUUGUGGUUUGAUGACAAUGUUCACCUGGCUCUGGAAACAAGUUGGAGAAGCUCGUCUGCUGUGAUUAUCAUCAAUACAAAAAGUCAAGAAGUACGUCGAUUGCGAAAAGAAACAGAAAAAGGCUCCAUGAAUUUGCUGUGCGUUGAAAAUGGCGUGCUUGCUCUCACAUGUUCUUCUCCAUGUGAACCUUUCCACUUGGUGUUGGCCCAAGUGCCUGACCUGAGUGACCUCAGUCAAGUGAAGUGGGUGUACCCUGACGGAGAGCCCAGCUCCCUGGCCUGGCUGGACUGGUCAGUGCUUACUCACAAACCCUCGUCAGACAGAGUGAACCCCAAGUAUGCUUCUCUGGAUUACGAAAGCAUAUUGUGUCUUCCAAAGCAGACAAAUAAAGAUGUACAGCCACCUCUGAUUGUGUUUUCACAUGGAGGACCAAAUUCAGUGUUUGACACGUCUUUUGUGAUGGCCACGAAUUUCUUCUGUCGUUGUGGUUUUGCUGUUGUGAUGGUAAAUUACAGAGGCUCCAUAGGGUUUGGACAGGACAGCGUCUUGUCCCUGGCUGGGAAUAUUGGAACACAAGAUGUGAAGGACGUUGAGAGUGCCAUGGUAGAUGUGAUUGCAAAGGGCGUUGUGGAUGGAGACCACCUGUUUGCCUUUGGAGGUUCCCAUGGAGGGUUCCUAACCACACAUCUCAUUGGACAGUAUCCUGAUACUUUUAAAGGAGCAGCAACCAGGAAUCCUGUCAUCAACCUUUCAUCAAAGUCCAAUGGUGCAGACAACCCAGAAACGACAUUUGCUCAGAUGGGAAUUGAGUUUGAUUACAACUCUCUGUGUGAUGAUAAGGUUCUGAACAAACUAUGGAAGGCAUCUCCUCUGUCUUAUGUGGAACAGGUGAAGACACCAAUUUUGAUGAUGAUUGGCCUUGAGGACAAACGGGUUCCCAUUUCACAAGGCAUAGAGUACUACAGAGCCCUGCGAUCUCGAGGUGUACCCAUCAGGUACUUGACAUAUCCAGGGAACAACCACAGUAUUGCAGAGGUUGAUGCUGAAGCAGACUGCAUGAUGAACACCGUGCUGUGGUUUGCUGCCCGCUGCUAGCAGUCACCCUCAUAUACUACUGGAUACCUGAGUGCCACAGUACAACAACAAGAAGCAAUUUCUACAUUUUUGUGUGCUUUCCUGUCAUAGAUAGGGUUGAUAGUCAUUCAAAGCAGCGCCCUAUUCAAAAAAAUGAAUGGAGACAGUAUUAUGUUAAAUGAACUGACCAAUACAAUUCUGUUGUCUGUCUAAUAAAUUAAAGUUGUUCCUUAAACUAUA